AUGGGCCUAAUCAAGUCAGCCAUCGGAGACGGAAUCUUGACCUCGAUGUGGGUCUUCUCCGUCCCACUCCUCGUAAUCACCUCCGCGGCCGUAUCCUCCUUCGCCGGCGUCGAACCCAAAUCCCUCGCCGCCGUCUUCAUCACCGUCAACGUCGCGGCCGCCUUUGUCCUCUUCUUCAGCACAAUCGGAUCCCUCCUCGGCGGCGCCAGCUUCAACCCAACUACCACCGUCUCCCUCUACGCUGCCGGCCUCAAACCGGACGCCUCCCUCUUCUCGAUCGCCGCCCGGUUCCCGAUCCAGGCGGCCGGUGGGGUGCUCGGCGCCAAAGCAAUCGGGAAAUUCCUCCCGGCCAAAUUCAGGCACGUGCUCGGUGGGCCGUCGCUGAAAGUGGAUCUCCACACCGGAGCAAUCGCCGAGGCAGCUCUGAGCUUCGUGCUCUGCCUGGCCCUGCUGUCGAUUAUGGUCAAAGGGCCGAGAAAUUACCUGGUCAAAGUUUGGCUCUUGGCCGUGGUAACUGUUGGGUUGAUUUUUACUGGAGGUAAGUUCACUGGACCUUCUAUGAACCCUGCAAAUGCUUAUGGAUGGGCGUAUGUGAACAAUCGGCACAACAAUUGGCAGCUCUUUUAUGUGUAUUGCAUUUCGCCGCUUCUCGGAGCGAUUUUGGCUGCUAGGGUGUUCAAGUUGCUGUUCAAACCUUCUUCUCCAACUCCCAAGGAUAAGAAAGAGUAG